UUAAUACAACAUUUGCAAAUGAAAGAUAGAGAAGAUAAAUUUUGAUCUUUCUCCAACAAAAUUUGCGUAAGAAUUAAAAAAAAAGAAAAGGGGAAAAAAAUAUAUUAAUAUUGAAGAAAUAAAAAGGGAGGGAACGAAAGAGAGUAGAGAGAGAGAGAGAGAGAGACAGAGACAGACGGACAGAAGUGCGCGGGAAAAGUUUCAAGCUGCCAUUUUGGUGGUAGCACGAAUAAGUUAAAUAUUCCGAAAUCGUGGAUCAAAUAAGAAAAGAUCAUUUCGAACCUAGACCACGUCCUCGAAUUCGAGGAUCUUUCAAAUGUCGAAGAGUUAGUUCAUCAUCAUCGUCACCGUCAUCGUCACCGUCAUCACCGACAGUAGCAGCAGCAGCAGCAACAGCAGUAGCAACGGCGGCGGGAACAGCAGCAGCAACAACAGCAACAUCUAUCCCUCUCUCGUCGUUUAAUCGACGAAGAGAGCCCGCGCUCGAGCAAGUGAAAAUAAAAGAAGGGGACGAGAUGUUGGCUACUUCGAUCUGUCGCGAGGUGCACUUCACUGUGUUACCAAGUAAUACGACGAUGAAUGGUGGCCGGAACGGAGGUGGUGCUUCUGCUACUGCUACUUCUUCUUACAACGCAUCGUCUCGUGUAUCCCGUUGCUUAUUCGGAUCACCAAAUUCUCGGGAAACCGCUGAGAUGUUGCAAGAGGCUUUGGAUACGGAGAGAAAACGAUUCACCAGGAGAUGGGGGAUCGAUCCGUGUUCCGAAAAUAAAGAAAAUGAUUGCCGGUGGUCGUAUAACGAGCAUACGCCGAAAAAACGAUCCAGUCCUUAUUCCAAGCAAACCAAUAUUCACGAUUACUGGCGUUCCCGAAAAGGUAGCGAAAGUGGUAAGAAGCCAUUGACAUCAUCGAGUGACAUAACGAAGCAACAAGGUUUGGAACGAAGUCCUCGAAGGAGUCCACGAAGCCAUUAAAAAAUUCAAAUAAAAAUCAAUAAUUAUUUCUAAUUCGUUGGAACUGCAAAUGAUUGUAACACGAAUGAAGAUAAUUUAUCUGUUCAUUACUAAUGACAAUCCCAAUUGCUAUUAUUCUUAUUAUUGUUAUUAUUAUUUUUUACUAU